GCGAUGGCAGAGAAGCAGAGCCCCGUGGACUACGGCGUCCAGAUCCGCUUCAUCAACGACCUGCAGGAGCCCCGGAGACCCCCCAAGGCGCGGGGCAAGCCCGGCUCCUACGGGGUGGCGGUGCGGGUGCAGGGCAUCGCCGGGCAGCCCUUCGUCGUCCUCAACAGCGGUGAGAAGGGCGGCGACUCCUUCGGGGUGCAGAUCAAGAGCGAUGGUUCCUACCCGAACGCCCCCGCCGGCCCCCGGCCCACUGGCUCCGUCAGCUCUGACUCCGACCUGCCGGAAAAUCCGUACACUGGGCAGCAGCCCCGGCACGGCUCGUCCUACAGCACCUCGGACGAGGAGGCGAGCGGCAUCCCGGUGACCUCCCGGCAUGAGCCCAAACCUCCACCGGGCAAGCGGCUGCUCGGGGAUGAGCUGCGGAGGACGCAGUCCCAUGGGGAUCUGCUCGGCGCUGCCAUGGAGGAGCCCUUUGCCACCGGCACUCCCCGGCCCAGCGGCAGCCGGCAGCACCGGGCUCUGGCCGGCAGCAAAAGCAGCAGCAUCGGCGGCGACGUGGACACCAAACCACUCUCCUCGGUGGAUUCGCUCAUCAGCAAAUUCAACGGGAAGGUGCAGCAGCGAGGCCGGGCGGCCAGGAGGGGCCGGAUCCCCUCGGAGGAGAGGAAACGCUCGCAGAGCCUGGACAGCCGCGUCUCCCACCGCGACGUGCCGGAUGCCAGGGAGCUGAGUGGUGCCCAGCGCCAGGCCGGCAGCAUUCGCCCCCAGCCCUCGGUGCCCACCGGCAGCCUGAGCCGGCCAAGCAGAGCCGGAGGGAUGGAGGACGGGGGGAUGAGGAGCCAGCGGGCGAACCGGGGUGUGGAGGAGCCCACAACUGAGCGGCUGCAGAACAAAGCCCGGGCAGAGCUGCAGCUCAAAUCCACCCCAGACCUGCUGCGGGACCAGCGGGAGGUCGCCCAGCCCGGCAGCAGCGAGCACCCCAAGGAGCUCAUCUACGGCAUCCUGAAGGAGGGGAGCAGCGAGAGCGAAAUCUCCCUGAAGAGGAAAACUGCCCGGCUGCUUGAGAAGAUGCAGGAGCUGGCGGUGAGUCGGGGCCAUCCCUGUGCUGCCGAAGGGGAGAGCCAGCGUCUGCGGGGGGCCCUGGAGAAGAAAACCCAGGAGCUGCAGAGGAGUUUGCAAGAGCUGAGCGAGGUGAAAACGGCCAAGGAGCAGGCGGAGACCCGGCUGGGCGAGUGCGAGGAGCAGCUGCUGGCGAUGCGCCGAGAGCUCGACCGCCUGCGCAAGGGCUCCGGCGCGUCCCCGGACAGUGAAGCCUUGUACAAGGAGCUGCUGGAGACCAGGGAGGAGCUGGAGGAGGCCCUGAGCUCCAAACAGCGGCAGGAGGAGCAGCUGCGGCUGCGGGAGCGGGAGCUGACGGCGCUGAAGGGAGCCCUCAAGGAGGAGGUGGCCAGCCACGACAAGGAGCUCGACCGCGUCCGGCAGCAGUACCAGAGCGACAUGGACCAGCUGCGGCGCAGCAUGGAGGACAUCUCGCAGGAUCAGGCCAGCCUGGAGUCGGAGAGGCAGAAGAUCAACGCCGUGGUGAGGAACCUGCAGCGGGAGCUGGAGGAGAGCGCGGAGGAGACGGGGCACUGGCGGGACAUGUUCCAGAAGAACAAGGACGAGCUCCGCAACACGAAGCAGGAGCUGCUGCAGGUGAAGCUGGAGCGGGAGGAGUUUGAGGAGGAGCUGCGGGAGCUGCGGGAGCGCUUUGCGGCUGCUCGGGAGGAGGCGGACCAGGCGCGGAGCCGCGUGGUGGACCCCGGUGAGCUGGAGGCGCUCAGGAAGGAGCUGCGGCAGGCACGGGAGGAGCUGCUGCGGCAGCGGGAGCGGGAGCUGACGGCGCUGAAGGGCACCAUGCGGGAGGAGGCAUCCAGCCACGACGGGGAGCUGGGGCGGUACCGCAGAGACCUGCAGCAGCUCCAGGAGGAGCGGGAUGAGGCCACCAAGGCAAAAGCCUCCCUGGAGAGUGCGCGGGAGGCCUCGGAGCAGGCGAGGAAGACGGUGGAGUCCAGCCUGCGGGAGCUGCAGGAGCAGAAUGAUGACCUGAGGAGGAAGGUCCUCGGGAUGGAGACGCAGCUGAAGGAGUACGAGCGCUUGGGCGAGAACUGGGAGGGCUCCCAAGCACGGCUCAAGGAGAAGGUCACCAAACUGGAGGCAGAGCGCAGGCAGAUGGAGGAGUCGCUGGGCGAAGCCACGGAGCGGGAGCAGGAGCUGCUGAUGACUAAGCGGUCGCUGGAGACCCGCCUGGAGGAGGCGCAGCGGAGCCUGGUCCGGCUGACACAGGAGCACCAGGAGCUGAGCGCGUCCUACCAGGACGAGCAGCGGCAGAAGGAGCAGCUCAAGCGUGCCAAGAGCGAGCUGGAGGAGCAGAAGCGCCUGCUCGAUCGCACCACGGAGAAACUGAACAAAGAGCUGCAGCAGAUGACGGAGGAGUCGCACAGCUCGCUGGCCGUGCUGAAGUCGCAGCUGGAGGAGUUCAAGGAGAAGUCGCGGAAAGAGAUCACAGACUCCCAAAAACAAGCCAAGGAUUGGGGCGCCGAGGUGGAGAAGAUGCAGUUCAGCAUGGGGCGGCUGCAGGAUGAGGUCGCCCGGCUGAAGCAAGCGCUGCAGGACAGCCAGGCGGAGCGGGAGAGCACGCUGCUGGAUAAGGAGGUGCUGCUCCAGCGCCUGCACAACCUCGAGCAGGAGAUGGAGACCAAGAAGCGCUCCCAGGACGAUCGCUCGCGGCACGUCAAGGCGCUGGAGGAGAAGUCCAAGCACCUGGAGGUGGAGCUGGAGGAGGAGAGGACCACGGUGGAGCUGCUGACGGAGAGGGUCAACCGGAGCAGAGACCAGAUCGACCAGCUGCGGGCAGAGCUGCUGCAGGAACGCUCCAGCCGGCAGGACCUGGAGUGUGACAAGGUCUCGCUGGAGAGGCAGAACAAGGAGCUGAAGAGCCGCCUGGCCAGCUCGGAGGGGCUGCAGAAACCCAGCAGCAACGUCUCGCAGCUGGAGGCACGGGUGGAAGAGCUGCAGGACAAGCUGCAGGCGGAGGAGAGGGAGAAGAGCAUCCUGCUGUCCUCCAACCGCAAGCUGGAGAGGAAGGUGAAGGAGCUGACCAUCCAGAUCGAUGACGAGCGGCAGCAUGUCAGCGACCAGAAGGACCAGCUGAGCCUGCGGGUGAAGGCCCUGAAGCGUCAAGUGGAUGAGGCGGAGGAGGAGAUCGAGCGGCUGGAGGGCGCCCGCAAGAAGGCACAGCGGGAGCUGGAGGAGCAGCACGAGCUCAAUGAGCAGCUGCAGAACCGCAUCAAGGCGCUGGAGAAAGAGGCUUGGCGCAAAGCCGCCCGCUCGGCUGCCGAUUCCUCCCUGCAAGACGACCAGCUCAGCUCGGACGAGGAGUUCGACAGCGCCUACGGGCCCUCCUCCAUCGCCUCGCUGCUCAACGAGGCCAACCUCCAGACCAGCUCCUGCUGA